AUGAAGGCUCUUGAUCUGCAAAACAACUUGGCUGAAUUGAUAAAGGCGAAACAAUAUCCUUUCUCUGGUGGUGCUUUGUUGUUGAUGGAACACUCGCCAGUUUAUACAGUGGGAUUAAGAAGGAAAGAUUAUGGCCCAGAAUAUGAGGAAAAACUUAAGAAAUUAGGGGCCGAAUUUGUUUAUACAAAUCGUGGAGGCUUGGUUACAUUUCAUGGACCUGGACAGCUCAUUGCAUAUCCCAUCCUCAAUCUCAAAAUGUUCAAAGCAAGUAUGCGAUGGUAUGUGGAGAGUUUAGAGGAAGUUGUAAUCAGAUUAUGCUCCGAAUAUUCUCUUGGUUGUGGUAGAUCUCCACAUACCGGUGUUUGGAUAGGAAAUAAUAAACUGUGUGCAAUUGGUGUUCAUGGUUCUAAGUUUGUGACAACGCAUGGUCUAGCUUUGAACUGUUCUACUGACAUGUCUUGGUUUGAACAUAUAGUGCCUUGUGGUAUCGAGGGUAAAGGUGUGACAUCACUUUCUACAGAGUUAAACUGUAAUAUCACUCCAGAUGAUGUUAUUCCUAGGUUUCUCAAAUGCUUUCAGAAUCAUUUCAAUUGUGAAUUGGUUGAACACGAGGGAAAAGAUUAUCAACAAUCAAUCGUUUAA